AUGACCAUCGAUUACGUUCCUGAUCUCUUUUCUCACCUUUGCGAAUUCCUUGAAGAUACCUUCACGCGUCCAGAUCCAUCAUUGGUACCGAAACUAAGGCUUGAACUUGAUAGAGCGCGUCCUCAUCUCAUUAAUCUCUUAGACAAACCAUCACGAAAUGCAAAAGAGGCUGAAAGGAUUAGAAAAGGCCAAUUUGUUUAUCAGGGUACCACGCACAGCCAUACACCUGAUUUCACACAAGAAGCACUUUAUCUAUCCGAACAACUUGAUAUCUCCGAGAACAAUUGUGCAAUACUUUUACAACAUGGAAUGUCAAGAAAAUCGCGAUACGGUAGAGCAAAUGCAGAUAGUGCUGUAAUCAUGUAUUAUCGAGAACGAUCAGCACUUUUGAGAUCUUUGAAAUUGAUUUUUCAAGCUGGAGAUUCAGAAGAAAUGAUUCAAAGUGGAAUGACAGAUGAAUUAGAAAAGUUUAGACAAGGCUUAGUAGAGAGUUCAGUAAAGAUUAAUAAUAAACCAUUUAAUUGGAUUGAUAAAGUAUUUGAAGAAGUUAAAAAUUCAAAAAAAGAAAUCCAAAAACUUAAGAAUCAACUUACUUCAACCACACCGAACUUAUCAAAUCAAACAACUACACCUAAUUUAGGAUUCGGAUUUGGAUCAAGUUUAAAUAAUUCAAAUAAUCAAACUUUAACAAGUUCAAAUAAUGUGAUUGUAAAAUUUAGUGAUGAGAUUGUUCAAAAAAUGAUGGAACAACAUCAAUCUGAAAGAAGAGAUUUAGGUCAAAUCAUUUAUCUUAUUGGAUUCGCUCGACUUUUUCAACCAUCUCAUAUUGCUUCAUUAAUCGAUAGUUUAGCCGAGAUGGAUUCUCAAGAUCCUUUGAUUUAUCAUUUUCUGACAACUUUCUUAGCUGCUAUUGAUGGGGAUUGUACUUCUGUGACUGAAGCGGAGUAUGAUUACUUUCUUAAUAUAUGGAAUGAUACAGCUUUCAUGCGCGAUCUUAAUCAACGUUUAACUUCCAAACGAUGGCUCGUUAAGCAGGCGAAAGCUGUUGCAUUGCUACAAUGGUGCCUCUUCCUCGGUUCAGCAUACCAGCAAGAACCCAGGUUAGAACACGAGACUGAAAUUUGGGAAGACCAAAUCGAUCAAAUGGUCAUGGCAUCAAUCCAAAAUGGCGCAUUUCCUUUCAUGGUGUCUGAUUUACUAGGUUUCAAGAAGAAGAGCUUGUUGGAAGAGUCACCUUCUCGCGUAUUAGGCCCUCGGUCUGAAGAAGCAAUGCGUACCUCGACUGCUGAUGACCUACUAGGAAUCGAGGAAGACUUUAGAUCUGAAGUAGUUUCACAAAUCGAUCGACUUAUGAUCAGUUUCGUCACCUCGUUACAAUCAGUUCUCCGACGACUUCGAAAUCAGGAAGAAGAUGCAUUCGUUUCAAUGUCAAUGCAAUUUCGACCAAGUCCUCAAUUUACGGCUCCUGAUGCAUUUGAAAAUACACCUGCACCUCCGAGACAUGACAUUGAAGCAUUAUUUGAAGUCAUUGCUGCAUUGCAUCGCGAUACAUCUGACUCAGCACUGAUUUACUGGGGAGUCGAUGAGGUGGAAGAUGAAAUGGGGUCACCUGCUAUGAUGUCUGGCCGGUCAACCAAACUGACUGGGUUUGUGAGAUGGGCAUCAGAAUGUCGGCAACUUGGCAUGGUCAAAUCAUUUUACGAAAUGCUCGCUUCUUUAGCAACUGGACCUCGUUGUAGUGAUUUGGCUUAUAGUUUCCUUUUGGCUGGAUCUUGUGAAGAGAAUGGUGUGAAUCCACCACCAAACUUUGGUCGGAUUGGAGAUGGUCAUGGGGGUUUAAACAUUCCGAGUUGCGCUUGGUCUUCAAUUUUUGGUCAAUUACAAUAUUAUAUUCAACUUUUACAGAGUAACGUUGGUCAAAAGAAAUUACAAUCCGAUCCUCGUCAAUUGGCGCCAGCUGAAUUAUCAAUACUCAAAGGAUACGCCAAGAUUAUUCGACAAGUGGUUAAAUAUUCUCCAACUGCUCAAGCUACUCUUUAUGAUCACCAGAAAUAUAAACCGAUCCAAACUCUAUUUGCUUUGGCUGCAUGUCCGAUCUCUCUCGAUCUUAAAGCUGAGCUGUUACUGGCCAUCGCAGCCUUUGCGGCCCCGGGAAACAAAAUUAGUCCAGAUAUCGCACGCAAGUGUUGGCUAACGUUGGAGCAUAGUCAAAUCUUAUCAACUCAUGUACUCGAAUAUCAAUCCAGUUUCGGGCUAGGUGGCGCUACUCAAGGUGGUUACGCAUCUGGACAAUUAGCUCAGACUGGGAUCCUUGCUGAACUUGACGAAGUUGAAGCGGCUAAUAGGAUAUACCCAAGUUCGACUGCCUUUAUCACCCUCUUGGUCGCUCUGAUUCAUCCACCUAUGCAUCGCUCACCUGUGAAGAAAGGUGAAGAACUCGAGUUACAAUCGAUUCCUGAAAAUCUAGGCGCUUUAUCGCGUUCGCCUGGUAUUGAUCCUUAUGUUAGAUUUGUGAUUGAUGAAGUCUUUCGGAAAGUUGGUUCACGUGAUUUCUUAUUUCAAGAAGAGCGUUAUAAGGUUUUUGAAGUCUGUUUGGCAUUUAUCGAACGUUGCUUGACAUCCUACGAUGUUGCAUCUUUCUUGACCAGCACAUCAUUACCCGAAACAGAUCCUGGAAACAAAAAACAAGCACAUCACCGAACUAUCUUUAGUGCUGUCACUCAUCCUGGUUUCGAUAUCUUAUUAAGAAUACUGAACAAUACUGAAUUGACGCGUCAGUUGUUUGAAACAUUACUCAAUGGACCUCGUUUUGUGGAAAACAGCCCUCAAAGAUCAGAUACGACAUGUCGAUGUGUACUUCGAACCCUGAGGAUUAUUAAAAGAGUCACAGAACUUCAAGGAGCUUUUCUAGGUGACGUCUUGCCUCACAUUCUAGAAUUUGCACCUGAUAUGAUACCACAAGAGCGAUUGGUUUGGGCGAAAUCGGCACAAAGUUUGGAUCAACAUAUCUUCUAUUCAAACAGUGUGGUGGUAUCUACAGCGGUUUUGGUAGGUUGUAUUGCGGAUGAUGAAGUUGCAUAUCUUGCAGUCAAGCUCUUAGCGCAUAUAGCCGAAUCUACCUUUUUCACUGCAGCAGAUCACUUUCAAGGUCAAUAUCCAGGUCGAAUGAACCGAUUACUUGGAUUAUUGGAUUCAUCUGAAGAAAGUCUUUUGAUUCUUGGUAACUUUAUUGGUCGAUUAGAAGGAGCAGCAUCAAGUUUCCGUGAUAUAGAUGAUGAUGAUUUUGUGGUUGAUUUAUCGGGUGAAUUAGAUGAUCGAGAUAUGACAAGAGUUCAACCUGCAAUUAGAAAUGCUAUCUUGGAUCUUUUAUUACGAAAUACUCAACCACAUCGAGUUGCUCCUAAUUUUGCUCAUUAUUUAUUAGGAUUUGAUGUUCGGACACCUAAAGAUACUCUAAAGAUUGCGGACCCAAGAUCACCAGAAGCCAAGUUGUCUUGUUUUCACACCAUCUUAGACUUAUUACGCAUGGGACAAAGUGGUCCAGAAGGAGAUGUACAUGAACUAGGGUUCUCAUUACUUGAGAGGGAUACACUUUUAGCUGAAAAGGCAUUCAAAUUGAUUCAACAAUUAUGUUUACAUGAUUAUUCAUCAAAGGCAGUAUCUUAUUACCUUAGGUCGACUGAACGAUAUUUUGUUACACAGGCUAGUAUUCUGCCACUCAAUAUUCCAGCAAAUCCUGAAGUUGUUGGAGGUGAAUUGACUUAUAGUAGUGGAGAGAAGAUUGUGACAAGCUGUAGUUCAGUUGUGGCUACCUUGAAAGCUACUGCUUGGCUUUUGGAAUCUAUCUCACUUGAAUUGAACGUCUUAACAGAACAGGUCCGCCGAGAUAACGCUUCUGAAUUAGUAUCAGUUUUAUUUGGAUCAGCAAGUUCUUCAAAUCAAGCAAGAUCAAUACUUGAUCAAGCAGGAGCACCCGAUCAAUCACUUCCUAGGAUGCAAGAAUUAUUUUUAAGAUUAGAUUUCAAUUGGAAGAAUUUUACUGAAGUUGAACCUCAAGGAUUAAAGAUCUUUGGACAUUUAAAUUUUGAAGAAUGUUGUAUUGAAGAUGAAAAUGGAUGUCAAUUAUUUGAUCUUGGUUCAGUUUUGAAUUUAUUAGGUGUUACUAGACAAGAAAUGAAAAGACGAGGAAUGUUAAAUGGAACUGCUCAACAAUUGGAAUUACAAGAUGAAAUCAAAUUUAUCAUUACAUCGAUUGUGAUUGAAAACCAAAGAAGAGAAAUUGCUUCAGCCCAAUAUCAUAUGCUUAGAGCUUGGAGUAUACUUUUACGGUUGACUCUAACUCGAGCUUUUCAUUUACUUCCACCAGAAAAUCGACAUGUGUUCUUAUUGGAUUUAUUGGCUUCUGUACUUCCGAAAUUGGUAGCAGGAGCUACAGAUCCUAGCUCGGCUGAACUCUUAAGUGAGAUCGUAGUGGCAUUAAUGAUCAAAUUAAGGCACGAAGGAACUCACUUGGAAUCAUUAGCACCUGGAGAAGCAACUCAAGCGUUUCCUUUUGAUCGAUUGAUGCCUGUGCUAAGGGCUAUCAUCCAAAGUAUCGUCUUGUCUAAUACAUCUAACGUUUUACGUGGAAAUCUUUAUGCUUCAAUCUUGAGUUUUCUUCAACACGUUUAUGCUACCAGUGCAUGCCUAGAUUCAUCAAGUCAAUCAAAUUCAGAAUCAAUCGACAUCUUAAAACUUGGAAAUGAACCAACGUCUAUGAACGAUGAAACUUCAACCCUAACAACCCAACGUAAAUCCAAUAAAAGAAAUUCAUUAGAAACCAAUACGAUGUCAAUGUUUUUAUCAUCCUUUGAAAGAUUAUUACCUAUAAUUUGUAAAGAUUCAGUCAUGGGAAAUGAAGUUUGGAAAUCUGUAGGAUUUACAAUUCUAGAUUCGUUAUUAUUAUUUUCAGAUAAAUUUCGUAAUGGUGGUCAAUUUAUUAAUGUUUUAUCUAAGAAUGGAUUUUUGAAAGAUUUUGUGGAUCUUUUAAAAGAUAAUGAAGGUGAUUUGAUGGCUGUUCUAGAACCCGAUCCUGAAUCUUUAAAUGCAUUAUAUGUUUAUGAAACUCAAAUGGCUUUCUUACUUAGAGUUGCUGCUACCAGAGCUGGAGCCGAGAAAUUAAUUGAAGCUAAAAUCUUGGCUCGAUUAGGAGAAUGUAAUUAUUUAGGUCGUUCUUCUCAAGCACAACUUACUGAUCCUGAGUUUGAUACUUUUAUCCCUUCGGCAUCGGAAAGGUAUCAUCAGUUGUUAUUGCCUGCUUUACAAUUAGUUGCAAGUAUUUUGAUUGCACUUGGAUCUGAAUCUUCUACAGCAGCACGAGAGGCAGUAUCUUUCAUUGCUGCUCAACGAGAAAUGUUGAUCACUUGUCUUAGAUCUCCGGUUAAUUUAAGUACAAGUGUAGGAAUUCAAGAAGUACACUUAGUGACUACUAUCUUAAGAAUAGCUUUACCAUUAAUUGGAGAUCAAGAAAUGGCUUCUUCAACUAGUUAUGGUGCUAUGCAUAGUAGUUUACUUGCUAUUUCUAGUACGGUUUGUGGUCAUUUGAAUUGGAUUGAACGAGUGGGUCCAGUUACAGAUAAUGAAAGAGCAGAUGCGACCAUUAACGUUCCAGGCUCUACUACGAAUUUCACUGUGUUUCAAGAAAAGAUUAGAGAUUUGGCACUUUCGUUGGUUGGUAGUGUACUUACUUAUUUAAGGGUUGCAACUCAGAGAAGAAGACCAGGUCCUACCUUUAGAACGAUUUUAGGAUUCCUUAAUGAUUCAAUCAGUUUAUUGGAAUUCACAAUUUCACAAACUUCUAUCUUAACACAAAGGUUGAAUAAUUGGUCAAAGAUUACUAGAGAUGAAGUCACUGAGAUUCUUGGAGAAGAAGAAACAGGGAAUUAUGUGAAUUAUGAUUCAGAUAAAAAGUUGAAGGCUAAGAAGAAAAUAUUGGAAACUCUUGGUCGAUCUUCUUCAAGAUCAGUAGUAAUAUCAAAUAUCAUUGAUAUGACAUUACUUUUGUUUUGGAAAGAUGCAACAUAUCAUUUCGAAAAUGAUGAACUGAAUGAAAUGCAAUCCAAUGAAAAGAAAAACCUUUUAACGAUCUCAUCAUUUAAAGCUACUACCAAUCAUCAACAGUUUGGUAGAAAUCAAUUACAAGAAUCUAACCUUAAAGAAGAUACACUUAAUUCACUUAGACCGAUGUUUUAUAGAUUACAAAAUUUAGAUUUGGCUAAAGGUGGGUUUAGUAAAGAUGAUAUUAGGAUUAGAAAUUCUUAUUUAGAAGCCUUAGUUAGAACUAUUGGUAGUUUAUUUCAUAGUGUGACAGUUUGAAAGGAAACCAACCAAUAUCAAUUGUGCUUAAGUGAUAGUAGUUUGAGUUUAGUAAUUCUUGUUUCUUAUCAGACCUUCUGGUCUAGGGGUUUUUGCAUUGAAGGAGGGGUUUAUUUUGAUUAUAUUGAAUUCAUUUGAAAGGGGUUUUUCUAAGUUGUAAUAAAUCGGUAGUUAUUAUAAAAUUCAUUAGUCUAGUCAAGAGUUCAAAACUUUAAUCUUACUUGG